UGAGAGGGCUGUUGUUAGGAGGAAGUUUUGAGGAGAUGGGCUGAGAGAGGGUGGAGAGGCAGAGGACGAGCUUUAGCACCGAUUUAAUCUCUGUAAGCGCUUCAGUUCAGCGGCGGGGACAGCUGAGCUCCUCCGCGGGCUGGGGUCUGGGUGUGUGGGGGUGCUGCAGCUCCGUGUAGCCGGACUCGGGCGCGUCUGACUCGGUAUGGCCGCAGAACUCGGUCCGCUGCGGAGUUUCAGGGUCAUGGAUCAGUAAACCGCUGGAGAGCCGCUGGAUGUUGGAGUGAAUGAGGGCGGAGGAUCAGAGCGGAUCAGAGCUGGACUGAGAGAAGUGUGAUGCCCAGGUCCAGCGAUGCCUUACGUGGAUCGGCAGAACCGGAUCUGUGGCUUCCUGGACAUCGAGGAAAAUGAGAACAGUGGCAAGUUCCUGCGCCGCUAUUUUAUACUGGACACGCUGGAGGGCAGCCUGGUCUGGUACAUGGACAACCCUCAGAACCUUCCAGUGGGCACUGCCUGUGUCGGCAGCCUCAAGCUCACAUACAUCUCCAAGGUCAGCGAUGCCACGAAAUUGCGGCCAAAGGCAGAGUUCUGCUUUGUCAUUAACGCUGGAAUGAGGAAGUUCUACCUGCAGGCCAACGACAAGCAGGACCUGGUGGAAUGGAUUGCUGUGUUGAACAACGCCACCAAAAUCACAGUGCCAAAGUCAGGGGAGCACAGUGUGCAGAACCCAGCGGAGGCCUGUGUGGAGGUUUUGGGAGCUAUGAAGCAGGUCUCCUACAAGACAGAAAUAAUUGGAGGAGUGCCCAUCAUCACCCCUACACAGCAGGAGAAGGGGGAGGGGCAGAACGGGGCAGACCGAGGCACCGUGAGAAAACCUCACGGACAGAUGCCCUACUACCUGAGCCGGGCCAACCAGGACCAGUCUGUGGUCAAGGCCGGCUACUGCGUCAAGCAGGGCGCAGUGAUGAAGAACUGGAAGAGGAGAUACUUCAUGCUGGACGAUAAUGCCAUUAGCUAUUUUAAGUCAGACCUGGAUCGAGAGCCUCUGCGUAUGAUUCCACUGAAGGAGAUUAACAAAGUUCAGGAGUGUAAACAAAGUGAGUUGAUGAUGAGGGACAAUCUCUUUGAACUCGUCACUACCUCAAGAACCUUCUACAUUCAGACGGACAGUCCCGAGGACAUGCACAGCUGGAUCAAAGCCAUCUCUGGAGCGAUAGUCGCCCAGCGAGGUCCAGGUCGCUCCGCUGCUACGAUGCGUCAGGCCAGAAGGUUCUCGAACCCCUGUAUUCAGAGGUAUACAUCCCGCAAUGGCGAAUGCAGCACGACCACGGGGAGCGCAACAGCACCUUCUACUACAGCGGACAAGGCCCACCAGUCCCGCGGUCGCCGGUCACCUCCGAGCGCUGUUUCCCAGACCGUCACUCCCCCACGGGUCCUGAGUGUGGCCUGGGACAAGCCGGAGCUGAGUGGCCUGCUUCCCAAUGGUCCAGCGCGGUCUCGUCUCUCGCUGCAGGAGACCCCGCGCCUCCUUUUCAAGUGAGCGACGACAUUAACUCGUCGCCGUGGGAGAGGAGGAAGGAAGCAGACGAUCAACGCAUUAUUUACAAUAGCGACGAUAAAGACGAUGACCUGCAGACGAGUCAGGUCUGACGAACAGUGGCAGUAAUUAAGAUACUAAAGAUACUACAGUGAAUAUUAAAACACAUAUAGAAAUACACUGACACAAGACAAGACACGACAAGACAAGACAAGACUAGGAUUAGGAGACGAGGCACGAGGGGAUGACGAGACAGAGGGGACCAAUAUCGUCAAGAUGACCAAUCUGGAGGAGUCUGGAUGUGCAGUAAAAAUAAUAAAAAAAUAAAAUAAAAUAAAUAAGACAAAGGCCAACCCAGAUAGAAGUGAUGGACUGAGAGGAACUGAGGCAAUUUGCAGAUUUGCUAAAGGAUUAUGGGAUUUGGAGUUGUGUGAGCCGUCCCCUCGUUUAAAACCAGGCUGAUUAACUACCGCACAGAAAAGGCAUUGGAGAAGUGCCAGUCUCGCGAAAAAUACUCUGAUGAAUGAACUCUUGUCUUUUGUAUUGAACACAAACCCAUUACCAGUCCAACCGGAACGGGUUUGUUUUGCAACCGAAGAACCGAUGGCUUAUAUAUUUAGAAUUAAUUGGGUGCUUUUAUCUCUUGUCUUUUCCUUUUUUCUCCUUAUUUCUCUCGGGGUACAAUUAGGUCUUUGUCUCUUGCGAUGAUGUGUCGUUUCCUUUCUUAAGGCAGUGAAUUGAAUAGCAGAGUAAUACCUCUGGUUUCACAUGGAUAAUUUCAUCCUGUUCUUUUGUAUGUUUCAACAAAGCUCGAUUAAGUUAGAGGGUUUUUUUGGGGGGGGGGGGGUUCGGAGUAAACAAAACUGAAGACAAGACGCUGCCACUACGUGUAAAAUAAGGCAAAAUUGUUUUUUAAAAACAAAAGAAACAAAAUCAUAUGUAAUUGUUGAUAUGUUAAAUCUGAUCUGUCAAACUCUGCUUAAAACCGUCUGUAAUAAGAACUCAUUUUAUUUUA